AUGCCUCUGAGAUUGACCAAGGAUGGGGAAAAAGCUAAAACAAAGGCUGGAAGAGAGAAGGUUGGAAACACAGCCUUGCUGGACUCCCACCAGGGAUCUGGUACUGCAUCACUGGAUCAUAAUGUCAAGGAGGAUGCUAGGCUUGAUAAGAGUGCAAAUAAGGCAAUUGUGGGAUUCAACCCCAUACAUGCAUUUCCUUUGGUCCUACCUAAGGAAUGGAUAGUUGAAGACACCAUGGAGAAGGACCACAAGAAGAGGGAUGAGCUUCCUAUUCUAUGUAUUUCAGACAAGGCACCGAAGGAUUGGAAAAUAAAGGCUGCUGUCAAACAAUGUUUGCACAGGCUUAGGGAAGUCCUUGAGUAUUAUGGCCAAUGGAUAGUCACAGUCUUUGAUGCCAAUCAGGUAGAUGAUCUAGUAGGAAUACACAUCUCCAGGAAUGAGACCAAGCACAUCUAUAUGCAGUCUCCUGAGGAGGGCCUAAUCCAGAGGUACAAGAUGUUAGAAGCAAACAACAAAACAUCAUGGCACAUAGAAUGCAUCCCUAUGGCCAAAGGUACCUACUACAUCUAUUCCCCUGAGAUGCAGCUGAAUCAAUUCCACAAGGUUAUGUUGUCAGGCUAUGGAGGACUCAUUGCCUAUGCAACUGCUCAUCUUGAAAAUCAGCUUUGUUGGUGCUUCAAUACUGUGUCUGACACCCUGGCUGAGUAUCAAAAAAUAGAAGCAAAGAGCAAGACCAGCACAUCAUUCCAGAAACUGAAGAUCAAGAAAGAAGAAAUAUUAGAGGAUUUGAAGUGGGCUAUGCCUGUCCUCAAUGCCAUUUCUGAUCCUCUAUGUGACAAACUGAAAAGUUUUUUUGACACUCACUUGGGCAACAAUACUCCAGCUUCAUAUAGAUUUGGUGAUGAUCAGGAUGAGAUGUGGUUAACCACAUUCAAGGAGUACAGCUAUGCAGUGGUUGCCGCCAUGGAUGAGUAUGCCAAUGAGGUCCUAAGUGCUAAUGAGACAAAGGACUUGGACUUGGAUGUCUGCUCUGCACUGCUAGGGUCAAUUGUUAAGGUCUCCUCAUGGUUCUCUCCAAUGCUAUACAUGACAAAGGGACAUGGAAAAGACUGGGAGCCUGGGUGUGAAGCAGUUGUUGAGCAGCAGCUUCUGGCUACCUUUGGCCUUGGAGAUAGUCCUAUGGGUAACAAGGGAAAGAAGAAAAAGAAGGUGACAAAGGGACAGCAGAACUGCAAAGAGGAGGAUGACUGA